UGCAAGGACUGGCAUCAAGGAGCUGAGUGGAGAGGCAGCUGGACUUUAAUUAGGUUCAGGGGAACUGAGGGUCUGCUAUCAUGGCGGGAAAGCCCAAGCUUCACUAUAUCAACGCCCGAGGCAGGAUGGAGUGCAUCCGGUGGCUGUUGGCUGCAGCUGGAGUGGAGUUUGAAGAGAAAUUUCUGGAAACUUCAGAAGACUUGGAUAAAUUAAGAAAUGAUGGGAGUUUGCUCUUCCAGCAAGUGCCAUUGGUUGAAAUUGAUGGGAUGAAGCUAGUGCAGAUCAGAGCCAUUCUCAACUACAUUGCCAGCAAAUACAACCUCUAUGGAAAAGACAUGAAGGAGAGAGCGCUGAUUGAUAUGUAUUCAGAAGGCGUGAUAGAUUUGGCUGAAAUGAUCAUGCUUUUCCCGGUGUGCCCACCUGAUCAAAAAGAUGCCAGGAUGACCCUGAUCCGAGAAAGAAUAACAAACCGUUAUCUUCCUGCAUUUGAAAAAGUGUUGAAGGGCCACGGACAAGACUACCUUGUGGGCAACAAGCUGAGCAAGGCUGACAUCCAGCUGGUGGAACUUCUCUACUAUGUGGAAGAGCUGGACCCCAGCCUUUUGGCCAACUUCCCUCUGCUGAAGGCCCUGAAAACCAGAGUCAGCAAUCUCCCUGCCGUGAAGAAGUUUCUGCAGCCUGGCAGCCAGAGGAAGCCUCGCCCAGAUGAGAAAACUAUAGAAGACGCCAGGAAGGUUUUCACAUUUUAAUAAAGCAGGCAGGGCCACUUAGGACACGCAGGACCAAUCUUAUGAAAUUUCCAGCAAUGAAGUUUUUACCUAAGUGUAGAUCCUUGGUGUUGAGGCUAGUAGAUGAUUCCAAAAUUUUAGUGGUCAUUAAAUAAUAAAGCUCCUAUGAGCAGAUUGAGUUACUCUUUUUCAUUAGAAUCAAAUACAAAAUCAGAUUUUCCAUCUCCUUCUAGCCUGUCUCUUUCUUGGAAUUAAAAAUUAAAUACAAAAGGGAAACAUA